AUGAAUUCAGAUGAUAAUUAUACAAGAUCAAUCAAAUUGCUUAGGGAUACAGCUCAAAUGCAUCUAGUUGUGGCUACACUAAUAGUGACGGUCACCUUUGCAGCCGGCUUCACACUACCAGGAGGUUUUGAGAGCGAUAAAGAUAGCCAUGAUAAAGGGAUGGCGAUUCUAACAAAGAAAUCGGCAUUCUGUGCAUUCGUUGUCACAGAUGCCAUUGCCUUUGUAUGCUCCGCGGGGGCUGUGUUUAGCUACUUUUUCAUGGCAAUGACUCAUAGGCCAAAGAUUGAAGGACAGUCGGACAUCGAUUUAACACAAAAAGAGCUGAGAAUUCUGCUGAAAACUUAUACACUUGCAACAAUUUUGCUCUUUCUAUCAAUGUCAGCAGUGGUAAUUGCAUUUGUAACUGGUUUAUAUGCUACUUUGGCAAAUUCAGUUGGUCUAGCUGCUACUGUUUGUGUCAUAGGUGGCCUUGCUUUCCUUAUUUAUGUCUUGGUUUUUUAUAUUUUUUGCACAGAAGUCAUUAAGUAG